AUGCAGCUAGUCACUUAUAUAUCGGAUAGUCCACUAAAGUCAAGUUCUCAAUCGCAAGUGAUUCCUUUUGAAAAGGCAAUAGAUAUCUGGAAUACACCGAGAAAUCAUUGCAGCCAGCCAGUUGUUUCUUCGGCUCCAGGUCCUGUUCGAAACUUGGCAUUAGAUCCUCGUCUUCCCUAUUUUGAUCAUUCUCAACCCUCCAGUCAACCGACAUAUUGUUCCUUCAACGAUUGGGCACACGGCGAUGAUGUUGAUUUGAAAUUAUUAAGAACUACUAAUGUCCUUUUCUCUGUUGCCUCGAGUAACUUCACUAACUUCUCGCAAUUGUCAAAUGGAUCAGCUCCACGAAGACCUCUGCACAGUCAAUUAGAUCAGGUUCGAGACAGCCAAAUUUCAUCUGAAUCACCUCACGUCUUCACUCCUCCACGUCCACAAAAAGUCGACAAAGAAUGUCAAACGGAGGAUUUCACGAAUGUUUUGAAGAGCAACAAAGGUCUUUUGAAGAGUUGCCUCGACGAAAUGCUGAAUCAGCCUGCGUUCGCUGAAAUGGUCGGGUUGAUCUACAAAGAGCUUCAUACACUAAAUGAUGACCAGCGAGUUAAAAAGCUUCAGAACUUUUGUGUCCGCAACGAUGAUCCGCGUGAAGAAAAUUCUAGGGAUGCUUCCCAAAUUGGCGAGCACGAUAUCUUCGAUGACAAAUUGAAAACAUACACCACAAUCACUGAUUUAAGUGGCCCGACUUUUCAGCGAUAUUACAACAAAAGGCCAAGCGAUGGUCAAAAUGCUCCUUCUACAGCCAAAAUUCCGAAAUUUCAAAAAAUUUGUGAUAAAUUUAGUAUUGAAAAGCGUUAG